AUGAAAGCAUUAGUGGGAGUAAAGCGUGUACUUGACUAUGCAAUUAAGGUGAGAGUCAACCCUUAGAAGACUGGAGUUGACCUUCAAGGUCUUAAGAUGUCAAUGAAUCCAUUCGAUGAGAUUGCAAUUGAAGAAGCAAUUAAAAUGAGAGAGGCUGGUGUAAUUCAGCAAGUAGUUGCUUUAUCUAUUGGAGAUAAGAAUGCUGCUGAGACCAUUAGAUAGGCUUUAGCUCUUGGAGCUGAUUCAGGUAUUCAUGUUCAAACAGAUUUGAGAAUCGAUUAGGACCUGCAACCAUUAGCUGUGGCUAAGGUGUUUGCCAAGAUGAUCAAAGAAAAGUAAUUCGACCUUUGUGUUCUUGGAAAGUAAUCCAUUGAUGAUGACUUCAAUCAAACUGGCCAAAUUCUUGGAUCAAUCCUAGGAAUACCUUCUGCAACUUUCAGUUCCAAGAUCGAGAUUGAUGUAGCAAAUAAGAAAGCUACUGUAACAAGAGAAGUAGAUUUCGGUCUUUAAAAGAUUGAAGUGUAAUUGCCUGCUGUUUUCACUUGCGAUCUCAGAUUGAACACUCCCAGAUUUGCAAAUGUUCAAAGCAUAAUCAAGGCAAAGAAGAAGCCAAUUGAGGUGUUUAAUUUGGCUGAUCUUGGAAUCGACUUCGCACCUAGACUUAAAGUAGAGAAGGUAGAAAUGCCAUAAGAGAGACAAGGUGGAGUUAUAGUGGGAUCAGUUGAUGAGCUCAUCUCUAAGCUUAAGAACGAGGCUAAAGUUAUCUGA